AAAGACAGAAAAAAAAGAUGGAAGAUGACCCCGGCGUGGACGCUGGUCGUUCUAGAGCGAGUGGUAGCAGUGGGUCUUCACAAAGACUGCGGGAAUCAAGUCUCAAGUCUGAUGAAAGAAGAAACAAACUCAUUGCGGAACUAAGAAGAAAGAUAAAGAAUGAAAAUAAACGUAGGAGUGACAGCUCAUCCGGUGAAGAGGAACCUCAAAACAAGCGUAAGACAAAGUCGUCAAAGUCGAUGCGGGGCAAUAAGUAUGCGGGUAAAGAAAGCAGAACUGUAGAACUUGGUUGGAUACACAACAGCCAGCAAGUACGGAAGCAAACUGGAGGCGGGACAAGAAAAAUAAAUGUUGCAAAGACAGCGGUGGCUAGUGACCUAACCGAACAAGCUACAAACUUGUUCUUUCCUGGAGGAGUUUCCAAGAGGGGCAUUAAACUGGAUGAUGUAAAUGUCAGUUUGUGUGAUUUUAGCAUGACGGACAGUCCAAUAAUGCAAUCGGUAGGAGAAACUUAUGAAAAAGUGAAACCAAGCGGAAUCUUAAGGUGGUACCUGUCAACAACAAUGAAGAGCUUUGACACUGAAUCAAAUGUGACAUCUAUGACAGAGACACAAAAAUCUGUUCAACUCAAGGGAAAAGCUGCCACUCCAAACGCAAAGGCCACUGGGAAGCCAUCGGUAUCUACUAAGGAAUUAGAUUCUGUUUGGAUUAACAGUGAGCCACCAUCCCUUGAAAUGGAUACCGUUCAGUACUCAAAUGCACCGGUCACAUCAGAGAAAUACAGGUCCGUCACGACAAAAGAGAGGGCAACAUCACCCCAUGCAUGUGUCUCACAAAAGGAAGGACUUUAUCCUGUGAUUCAGGGAGAAGUGUGCAUCAGUCAACGAUUACUGAGGGUCGACUAUUCGAAGGAUGUCGAGUCCCAGUUUUGUGAUAAAAUCAGCACACUUACCGCUUCAUCAAGGUCAGCAUGCGUGUAUGUAGAUCCCAGUGAGGAAAGCUGCAGUCUUGAAGAUAAUGUAGGUGAUCCCCUUGAGAGUGGAUACAAGGUAUCAAGAAUAAGUCAGGAUGAUAAGGUGUUUGUUACACCAAAACAUGCAUCUUGUGAAGGCCAGGAAUCACAGUAUGAAUUUCCUUCUCUUGCAGCAGCUGACAAUGCAGACCCAUACCUUAUGAUUCAUCACCCAGAUGAACUGUGGGGAUACGAAGAAGGGAGACUAAUUCUCGGCGUAGUGUCACAUCACCACAAUAACGAUGGGAUAUCCUACGAGUGGUACCGUGAUGGGGAGCCUGUUUACUCCGGUGGUUCUGUGAUAAAGGUUGAUAAACCUGGCCAAUAUCACUGCACCAUGAAGGCCUUCCUUGAAGUGGAAGGAGAACUAAAACAUAUAUCAAGGGAGUCCAACAAGCUCCAAGUAGUUAGAUUAUCACAGGACGUCAGGUCUGAUGUCACACUCAGCUCUCCCAGGAAGAAAAGUAACAGCAACUGUGAAGACCUGGUACCUGACAGUGGCAUAUCCAAGCAAACCCCUUGCGUGAAUGUUCAGGAAAUGACAAAAGGCAGCAACUGUCAACAAAUAGAUGCAACAGAUGUCUCCUGUGACUAUAAGAAUCCAAUUAAUCAUGGCUCUUAUGGAGAGGUAUAUAAAGGGACAAUGCAGGGAGCCUCUGUUGCUGUUAAGAAGAUCCGUAUGAUGAAGGGCAAGCGGCCAGAUAGGCUGAUUUUGCGGGAAGCUGCUAUUCAUCAGAGAAUCUCGCACAAUAACAUUGUCAAAUUCAUGGGCACGUACAUGGAUGUGCAUCAUGUAUACAUAAUCACCGAGUUUGUAGAGGGCUUAAACAUGCAUGAAAUGAUAUACUUGGGAACUGAUCCAGUGGACAAAGCAACAAAAAUCUCUGUUGCAGUUGGUGUGCUUGAGGGAGUCUCAUACCUCCAUGACCAGGAUCCACAGAUAAUACAUCAAGAUCUGAAACCUGAGAAUAUUCUUCUUGAUACCAGUCUUUCCCCCAAGCUUUGUGACCUUGGUCUUGCCAAGACGAGGUCGUAUGGUGUAGCCUCUACCUCUAGCAUAUCCCAUGCAGUUGGCACCAUUGAAUAUAUGGCACCAGAACUAUUUCUUCAGCAAGGUAGAAGUUCAGCAUCAUCAGAUGUAUGGUCCAUCGGUUUAACCCUCGUUGAGUGGUUCACUGGUAAAGAUCCCUGGGAUAUGGAGAACCAGGAAGAGGAACCUCAUGUAUUCAUACGGGAGUGUAUGCAAAAGAAGGAUAUUCCUCCAGGUGCAAGAGGACAAACACUGUCACUGCUACAUCCAUGUCUGAGCUACUCGCCCGUCUCUCGACCUACUGCAGUGCACCUGCUGAACAGGUUCAAAUGUCCUACAUGCCCAGAAGUGCUAGGCUGAAUGGUUGCUGGUCUUUAGACCUACAGGCCAUUGUCCCCAUUGGUCUUUAGUCAUUCGGAGCUGCAAAUGUUGGUAUCUCUUCAUCAUUUACAGGGUUUUUUAUUUACACAUACUUUUCAAGAUAAAGUACACUUCAUAAACCCAUCCCUCGUUUUGAUUUUAAACCCAGCCUCAUACUUAGAUACAGCGUAAAUGCAUUCAAAUACAAGUCCAGCUACAAACGUGAUGGGUCUUGAACAAAGAGUAUCAAAUGUCUGUCAGUUGCAAAGCCUAGGGCAAAUGUCCUGGUGAAUCAAUCAUUACAAGUGUCCUAAAUUUGUGAGUUAAUUGUAUAAAGUAAGUUUCAAGGCAGCAACAUAUACAAAUGAUUUGAAUGGAUAGUUCCCACCCAGAGUACAAAAUCAGGUAUGACUUACCAUUCUAUACCUUGUGUUUGCUAGACUAAAACUACUUUACCAGUCACUGAGCUGUACCAUGACUGCUUAUGUUUCUAUGACAAUGAAAUGAUGAAAAUGAGCAUGAUUGUUUAUGUUUAUACAGAGCGUAUCAAAACAAAGUUUACACGUGAAGAAAUCCUUUAAAAUUAUACAUUUUUAAUAUCCUUCACAUUUUUCCACAUUUAGCAUUGGUUCAGAUCUAUUUAAGCAAAUGACGAUAUAACUACAAAUAUUUCCGCUUGAUUG